CUAUAUUGAAGACACCGGACAUGUCAUAUCAUGUUGGGUGAUGCAGGUUAUGCUAAAUUCAGACUAAUGCCAACCAGGAUGCUUCUAGUCCACGUCAUUAAACCGUAUUCAGAGUUACUGGGCAGCUUUCCCGUUUUUAUCGUUAAGAAAUAGUGUCUCCUCCAUAUCUCAAACAGGAGAACGUCCGGAUAUCAGAGGAUCAUGAUACUGGAGCCGAUAUCGUUAGGGUCCCUGCUAGUAAAAAGCCAAGCAGAGUCAGGCCCAAUCAACGACUUCAGAAUAUCGGGGGAUCCAAGACAUUCGAACUCCACAUUUCAAGUCAGCUGGUUAGGGAUUCACUGUUUUCUCAAUGGUCUUCUAAGACAUUCCAGUGUAGGUGAGGGGUUCUGGGAGAGGCCAAUUCAGAGACAUGGCUGCCACAGUGGUCUGAUACCAAAGUUAGCAACGUCUCGGUUCUUUGUCCCCGGAUCGGCAUCUCCAGUUGCGUUUGGAUUGAAUUUACUUUGGAUCUUCUACUUUUUUCUUUUCUUUUCAGCUGAUUUGUUGGGAAAAUGGAGGAAUACGCUUGCAAAUGCAGUCCAAUCUCAUCCCACGAGUCAUGGCUUUGGCUCAGAUCGCUCAAUCUCAAUGCGACAGUAUGAAACUAGCUGCUCCCAAGAUGCGGGUCAAAUCUACAUGACGCCGUGGCCGGAAGUCGCAGGGUCCGUUUGGACUGGCUCUGGAGCUUCAUGGAUAGCGUCGCCACCCCAGCCUCGCUUUCCUGCCCCAAGACAGUUAAGUCAAAGUCGCUAUUAACAGCUAGGGAGAGACUAAGUCGUACCAUGUUCCGUGUACAACAACUGUGGUCAGGUUGAACUGAAAUAAAAACGGACUCUGCACCACAUAUAAGUCACCACGGUCAUCCCCAUUCACCUCUUCCCCUCCCACUUGCUUUGCUUUUCUUUCCGACUGGAAU